AUGUCUUUCCUCAGGCAAAUCAGCCCUCUUGUGCAACUGGGAAACACACUCAGGUCUCCAGCCGGAAGCUUGACGCACAUCCGUACCGCCACGAAAAAGGUGUCUGGAUCCAGAACCAACAAAAAUGAUUCUGCCGGUAGAAGAUUGGGGCCCAAAGCCUACGAGAACCAGUUCGUGCAGCCUGGAGAAAUCAUCAUGAGACAAAGAGGUACAAAGAUCCACCCCGGUGACAACGUUGGAAUCGGAAAGGACCACACCAUUUUCGCUUUGGAACCGGGCUACGUGCGUUUUUACUUGGACCCAUUCCAUCCCUUGAGAAAGUUCGUUGGUGUUGCAUUGAAAAAAGACUUGACCUUGCCUGCGCCCCACUUUGAGCCCCGCGUGAGAAGAUUUGGCUACAUUCCUUUGGAAGGCGAAGAAGCCGACAAGGAAGAGGCACACAUGUCCAGAAAAGAGUACUUGGCGCAACCGGAGCUUUUGAAAAGAGCCGAAAAGGAGGCCGAGGCCAGCGCUCAGGUUUUGGCUGCGUACACAAAAGUCGUGGCGGCCAAACUUCCCCAGUUGUCGGCAGAAAACGUCAAGCUUGGUGCUGCUCGUUUGCAAUUUGUUGCCAACAAGCUUUCAGAGGACGAGAGUCACGAGUUGGCCUACGGCCAGGCCACUUACAACUACAUUUACGACUUGGACUUGGCUGUCAGAAGAGGCGAGCUUUCUUCUGACGAGGCUGACUCGAAAAAGACCGAGUACUUGAGUUUUGUGCAAGACUUUGACUCCAAGCUUUCGGUGGACUUUAAUGGAGUCAUCUACAAGACGCUCAGCGAAGAGGCGAGAAGCGCCAGAAAGGAAGACAUUUCCAGCCAGUUGGCCAAGUUUGCCAAUAAGAAAAUCGGUCCAGAAGACAAGAAGACCAUUCUUGGUCUUAUUUCUGAAGGCGGAGUGUUUUCGAGAAAAGAGCGCACCGAGUUGAAGAAACAAUACCUCCCCAAGGUUUUGCCUGUCACUGUUCCCGGAACUGUUCUUGAAAACCCGGGCAAAAAGCUCCCUAAAGACGCUGUCCCCGUGCGUAUCUACAAUCCCGAGGACAGGUCUGUCCAGACGAUUGUUAGAACGAAGGAUGCGUUCCUUGCAUAG